AUGGAUCGAUGGGGUCGUAAAGCUGGCGUUCUAUACUGCGCGAUCUUCUCGCUCGUAGGCGGGGCUAUGUUGUGUGGUGCGCGAAACAUAGAGAUGUUCAUCGUAGCCAGAUUCAUCGCGGGCUGGGGGAGCUGGGGCUUCUUGGCCGUGACACCAACAUACUCGGCUGAACUUGCGCCCCCUGGACUCCGAGGAUUCUUCGUAGGCAUGAACGGUGUCAAUAUCGCGCUCGGGUACGCCAUUGCCAGCUACACGGGCAUGGCAUUUUACUUUGCUGAGAGCGACGCUGCGAAGUGGCGCGGUCCGCUCGGAAUCGCCCUUCUCUGGCCAGCCAUGAUGAUUGCCAUCAUCUUCAUCGUUCCAGAGUCGCCACGAUUCCUCCUCAUGAAGGGCCGUGUAGAAGAAGCAGAGAAGAUUGUGUUUCGCUUACACAGCGUCAAGGGGGACCCCGAGCAGGAGUUUGCACGAAGCGAAUUUUACCAGAUGAGAAAGCAGACGGAGCUCGACCGCACCCUGGAGCCGGGAUGGAUCGCCAUGUUUACCAAGAAGGGGUAUCGACGGAGGACGGCGCUUGCCAUGGGCUUUGCGUUCGUGGGUCAAUCAACGGGUGUCUUGGUCAUCAACAACUAUGGUCCUACAUUGUACGCGACAUUGGGGUUCGACACGAAACAACAACUCGAACUCCAAUGCGGCUGGAUUUCCGUCGGCAUCGUCUUCAACGCAGUCGGCGCUGUCUUCAUGGACAAAGUUGGUCGUAAACCACUCAUGCUCUUCGGUGUCGCAGGUUGCGGUGUAUGUCUCAUCAUCGAGGCAGCUAUCGUAGCCACCUAUGCCGAAGAAGCCACAAACAAAGCAGCCUUAGCAGCCGGUGUAGCGAUGUUCUAUCUCUUCCUCGCAGUCUACAGCAUGGGCGUCGACGUCGCGGGUGUCGUCUUCUACUCGGAGCUCUUCCCCAACCACAUCCGUGCCAAGGGCGUCUGUCUCAGCAUGGCCACCGUUGCGCUCACUGACCUGGUAUACUUGCAAGCCACGACUACAGCAUUUGCAAACAUCGGCUGGAGGUUCUAUCUCGUGUUCAUCAUCAUUUGUGCACUUGGCACGGUGUUCUUCUACUUCUUCCUGCCCGAGACGAAAGGCAUACCUCUCGAAGAGAUGGCACGGAUCUUUGGUGACGACGUCGUUGUUACGCUCGAUGAUGUCCAUAUCAAUCACAACACGCACCAGCUUGUGUACCGCACAGGCGAUGAGAAGGAUGGGUUGGAGCACGUAGCCACGCACCAGGGUCUUACGCCGGAGGUUGAGAGGGCGAUCAAGGCGAAUGCCGCAGAGCACAAGGAGACCGUGGGCAAGGAGUGA